CACUUUGCAGCCACAGUAAUGCAUUCUUUGCCAUCAACCAGUUAUUCGCCAACAGUAGCUAAUUACGUAUAUCGACGUGUAUUACGUCAGUCGGUUGCUGCCAUCUGUAAACAGGCCGGUUUUGAAGUGAUUGAAGCUGAUGUCCUCGAGCUACUCACACAUAUGGUUAAUUCGUACAUUAAUGAGCUGGCCGCUACCACACGUCAAAUGACCGAACAUGCUGGUCGUACUAUCUCAACACCAUCCGACACAAUUAUGGCAUUAGUAGAUUUAGGCACAGCAGUUUCUAAUUUACCAUCAUUUUUGAAAGAAGCAACUUCUAAAGGUUCCUUAGUAAUAGCACCACCACGUGUACAGCAAGCAUCGCAUACCCAGCAACAACUUCGCGUCGGUAGCUCACGUCCACGUCCAUCACAUGUUCCGGACUGGUUACCACCGUUUCCUGAUCCACAUACUUAUGUACGGACUGACAUAUCUGGUGAACCAGAACCUUCCUACGAGAAAGCACGUGAAGGCUUGGCUUUAUUGCAUCGAAAUACUGUUAUGUCAUUGAAAGAUUUCGUUCUGCGUACCCAUCCGUCUAUUUCUCUGUUCGAUCUCCACAAACAACGUAUUCUGAAAAAGAUUUCUACUGCUGCAGUAGAACGUACCCGUCAACAGCAAGCUCAAAUGAUGGCAUCUGUGGAAGAAGAUGAACAGAAGACGUUGACGAAUGGAGCAGCAAUAGUAGAGCACGAUAAUGAGCAAUUAAUGACUAUGGAUCCGGAAUUUUCUAACGAUGUUUCCGAAAAGUUUUUCUUUGAAGAGGAUAACGAAGAAAUAAGCCUAUUGCAAGCAGAAGUACCGACUUUCGGAGAAAUUAUCGAGCCAAAAGCAAUGAAUGAGUCAUACUUAGAACCUCUUCUCUUUGAUCUACAAAAUGAAGCAGUAUCUGGGAUAAGAACUAAAUUAUGGGAAGAUACUGGACCAGAUGGAAAUCCGUUCUUGCGUUCACCGAAAAUGCCUUCGAUGCAUGAUGAUGAUCCGAUGCAUGAGUGAUUCUUUCUGGAAUUGUUCUUUUUAAUCAUGCAUUGUACGAGAAAAUCGUUGAAGUUUUGUUUGUAUAGUUGAAAAUCUUUUAAAUUUUUAUUCAGUUGGAUGGAUUAAUUGAUUUCUUUCUUUUUUUUGUUAGCACAGAAAUAUCA